AUGGCACAGAAGGAUAUGCGGAGAGCGGAUCUGGGUAUGCUUCUUCCCGCCCCUAUAAGUGAGCGGGAUCGACUAUCAACCAACCUGGUCCCUUAUGAGGCUCCACCAGUCAAGAAGACUGAUGGUGAUAUCUCUGAUAACCGUGCGGUUUACCUCCUGUUUAAUGUGUACCAUGCCAAUGGCUGCUGUAAGAUCCAUCCUAGCUCCAAGUACCUAGAUGCAGCCGUACUAACUGCUUGGAUAGAUGUUUACUCGAAACAGGCAUGUUUAGCCCAAGUUCCUACUUCUCGACCUGACGCCAUCCUGUUAUAG